AGGGAGUGGAGGUGGAGAAACGGAGCAGAGACGUGAAGUUGGGGGGGGGGAGGUGGAACUGGAGGAUGGAUCAAGGGUGUCGAUGGUGACGGUAUCAAGGCGUGUGGACGAAGUGGUAGAUGGGAGGGUUCGGGUUUUAAGGGGAAGGAGAACGGAGUGGUACGGGGUGUGAGGACGAGGAGGUAGAGGUAUUGAGCUCGGCUGGGUUGAUUGGAGGAAAAGAGAGUAAGCUCAGGUGGGAGGGAUGAGAAAGGGAUGGUUGGUUGCGGAGCUGGUUGAAGGAUUGCAGAGUAGGGAUCUGGCCCGGGAGAGUGAUGGUGGACAGGGAAGAGGAGCGGUGGAGGAGAUCUAGGAGCCCUUGAGUUCCGAGGGGGAAGAGGUGGCCCACAAUGCAGGUCCACAUCUCCCCCAGCAUGCGACGGAUCACUAUAUCCACAUCGCCUGGGUUCUUGGAACCCCUGAAGAUGAAAGGCGCGGCGAGGUACCUUAGCUACCGUUGUAUCUUCUGGACCGUCCUGUUUCUCGCAUUCUUUCUGCCGUUCCUUUUCAUCACCAGCGCGCUCAUCACUCUCGAAGGCGUUCACAACUGCACAUCUCUCGAUUGCUUCGGAAGAAAAUUAGGACCCAAAUUAUCGUGGAAACGGCAUGCCUCUCCAAAGGUAGAGGAUAAAUAUUCAGCACUCUUAGAGUACAAAAAUGAGAAGGAAUUGACUGACGUACCUGACACCAUUGAGGCAUUGUUGACUGAAGCUCGGAAUAGGCAGUAUGACAUGGCCACUUUACUGCGGCGUAUGAAAUCUAUGGUUGAGGUGAACGAGGAGAAGGUUCGUGCGGCGAGGCUUCAGGAGGCUCUGUACAGGCACUAUGCAAGCAGCGGAGUGCCAAAGGGCCUCCACUGUCUAGCGUUGAAGCUGACUGGGGAGUAUUCAAGUAACGCACGAGCCCGGCAGGAUCUGCCCUCCCCUGAUCUGGCUCCACGAUUAACAGACCCAGCAUACCAUCACAUGGUUCUUGCGACUGAUAAUGUUUUGGCAGCCGCAGUUGUUGUGACUUCGACAAUACGUAACUCAGCUCAGCCUGAGAAGAUAGUUUUCCAUGUGAUCACCGAUAAGAAGACGCAUGCCGCCAUGCACGCAUGGUUUGCGCUCAAUCCUUUAGCCCCUGCGAUAGUGGAGGUGAAAGGAGUGCACCAAUUCGAGUGGCUGACCAGGGACAACGUACCCGUGUUGGAGGCCAUGGAAUCUUCUCAGGACAUCAAGUAUUAUUACCACGGUGACCACACAGCAGGAGCGAACAUCAGUCAGUACUCACCUACAAUCCUGGCUUCAUACUUGCAGGCUCGUUCUCCGAAGUAUAUCUCCAUCAUGAACCACCUCCGCAUUUACCUUCCAGACCUAUUUCCGGAGUUGGAGAAAGUGGUGUUUCUUGAUGACGAUGUAGUGGUCCAGAAGGAUCUGAGUCCUUUGUGGGAUAUGGAUCUUCAUGGUAAAGUGAACGGCGCUGUUGAAACAUGCCGCGGGGAUGAUACAUGGGUGAUGUCGAAGACGUUCAAGAACUACUUCAAUUUCUCGCAUCCUGUAAUCUCUUCAACGUUCGAUCCUGAAAAGUGCGCGUGGGCAUAUGGUAUGAAUUUAUUUGAUUUAAAAGCUUGGAGGAAGGCUGAUAUCACCCGUGUAUACCACUAUUGGCAGAAGCAGAAUCUGCAAUUGAAUUUGACGUUAUGGAGGUUGGGGACGCUACCCCCUGCCCUCAUCGCCUUUGAUGGCAAUGUCCACCCAAUCCCUGAUAACUGGCACCUGUUGGGGCUGGGUUAUAAUGCGAAGACGAACUUGGAAGCUGUGGGAAAGGCAGCUGUGAUUCACUUCAAUGGACAGGCGAAGCCAUGGUUGGACAUAGCUUUCCCUCACCUCAGACCGUUCUGGUCCAAGUACGUGAAUUACUCCAACGAGUUUAUUAGGCAAUGUAAUAUUCUGGACAGAGCGUAGCUCUUCCUUCAUCCUCACUAUUGAAUUGUAGAAGUACGGCGUCAGUGUCCUGACUUUUGGCUACAAGUCCCUGCCCCGGAAAGACACCCUAGUUGUCAGGAUGAAGAACUUCAUGUGAAAAGGCUCUGGAUUAAGGAUGGCAAAGCAUGGGCCCUUGCUGGAGAUUAUAUUCCUGGAUGCGCAAGCAAGCAGAGUGGGCCUGUGAUGUACAUGGUUGGAAUGUGGAAGGUGAAACUUAAGGCAGGGAUGGAGCAUGUAAAGAUGGUACCCUUGUGAGAUGAAGGGUAAUGUUGAGACGAGGGUUGCAGCCACUUGUUCUGUGAGGGUUAUUCUUGUCACAUUAUUUGCAACAGCUAUGGAGUAUGAUAGUGCUGCAUGUUACGUGAUUUUUUUGAAAUAAGGUCAGCAAGAUCAUUAUUGAAGGGGGGAGUUACCUUGACCUGGGUUUCUGUUGUCGAGUAGAAGCUUCCAAAUUGGAAUUUGUUCAACAGCUUUGUUCCUUUUUAUAUUUUUGGUGAUAAUGUCACUCUUAUAACGAUAACGUUGUUGGUCUCCUA